AGGACGGGAGCUAAGCAGAUAAGGGGAACGAACAGAUGGCAAUAAGCAGCAGGGGUACUGUGGUGCUGGCCACCGGCCUGCUCGUCGCCGCCGCCGUCUGCGCGGCAGCGGCAGCGGCACCGCUGCCUCGGUCUCUGUCUCGGCCUCGCCCUUCGGCGAUGAAGAACGACACAAGUUUGUCCCACUAUUUCUACGUGGACUCGUGCCCGCAACUGGAGACCAUCGUGCGCUCCACCGUGGACAACGCGAUCCGCCAGGAUGUCCGACUCACCGCCGGCCUCCUCCGCAUCUUUUUCCACGACUGCUUCCCUCAGGGGUGCGACGCGUCCAACCUGCUCGACAAUGGCGAGCGGCUGCUGGCACCCAACGUGGGGCUGCAGCAAGGGGCGCUGCAGCUCAUCGAGGACAUCCGAGCAAAGGUGCACUCCCAGUGCGGGCCCACUGUCUCCUGCGCCGACAUCCUCGUCCUCGCCACCCGCGACGCCGUCAACCUGGCCGGAGGCCCAGCCUUCACGGUGCCCCUGGGCCGCCUCGACAGCUUCGCGCCUGCUUCCGACGGCGAUGUCUUCAGCCUCCCGCCGCCGACCGCCAGCGUCGACACGCUGCUCGACGCGUUCAGCAGAAAGGGCCUCUCUGACCCCGCCGACCUCGUCGCUCUCUCCGGCGCGCACACCGUCGGGAAGGCGCGGUGCAGCUCCUUCGGCAACGAUACCAUCACCCCCAAGGACGACAUCAGCAGGUGCCUCGCCGGGUUCUGCUCCACCGGCGACGCGAACCGGCUGCGGGACCUGGACUUUCUCACGCCAGAGGUGUUCGACAACAUGUACUACAUUGACCUGACGCUGAACAAGGGGCCGGGGGUGAUGCUCAACUCCGACCAGGGGCUGGCCAGCCACCCCCGCACCAACUGGCUCGUCAGGGGCUUCGCCGACAACCACUGGUGGUUCUUCGAUCAGUUCUCAACCUCCAUGGUCAAAAUGAGCCAGUUGAAGGGGCCGCAAGGAAACGUCGGCGAGGUCCGAGGCAACUGCUUCAGGCCCAACACGGCCGCUGCAGGUGCCGCCGCCGGCGAGGGCCUUGCCGCCUCUGCUUGAGCUCGACAUCGUUAAAUGUUGGACUGCGAGCAGUUACUUUAAUUAGGUUCGGUGUUGUAAUAAUGCCCGCGCGGCACGUGCACCUACUCUGUCCAGGUGCACCUACUCUGUUUUUUUUUUCCACAUCACAUGUCCUAGUUUGAAAUAAGAUCAGAUCUAUUUUUUAAAAGAAAAUAUCUUGAUAUAAGAUCGGAUCCAGAUCGCCUUUUUUUGUUAAUAAUAAAAACUUACUUCUUGGAUUCCGUUGUCAAUCUACCA